AUGGCUUCUCCUAUCUGCCUGCAGCCGCUGAUGAGAAGGUUCCAGACUGCACUGAAGAACCGCCUCCAUAAGCAACUGGGGAGACUCAACGUGGAGUUGCGGGAGAAGGUGCAAUGGCUAUUUAGACCGCAGGCGGCCACCCAGCGCCAACAGGCCCAGGAUCAGCUAGAGGGGGUCCGAAGCCAGUGCCGCACCAGCCAGGCCGUGUCCCAGCUGCAGAGUGAGGUAGAGAACCUGGCACUGCGUCUGUUCUACAUGCAGGUGGUUAACGCCGACCUGCACUCCGACAUCACAGCCAUGAAGAACACCUCGCGCAAGCCCCACUCCGAGAAGCCCCAAGCAGAAACACACCUGAUUCAAGAUCAGCCAAAUCUCUCUCUACCCCCCCUCUCUACCCGGAUCACCAAGCAUGUCACCAUCAUCGAGCGCAAGCAGGCCACCAUCAACGUUUACAACAAGAAGAUUGAGCAGCUCGUCGCCAGCACUGGGCACGAGGACCUGGGCCUGUUGGAGAUCCAGGCCAGUACUCUGACCAAACAGCUGGAGGAGGUGGGAGGAGAGAUCAAGGAGCAGCAGCAGCUCUGGCUGCUAGUGAGACUGAGCCAGGAGAAACAGGCCCGGAUCGCCGCCCGGAUCGCCGCCCUGCUCACACUGCAGGCCCAAUUCACCAUCCUACAGCAGAGGAAAGUCUGCACCGAGAGAGGGGGCCUCAGAGAGCUGCAGCACGGCCAGGCCAGUCUGAGCAGCAGUCUGCAGGACAAACAGCUGCAGCUGGGAGAGCUCCACAGAGCCAGAACUGUCCUCACCUCAGACUUCCACUGUCUGCAGGACACCAAGGAGAGGAACCUGGCCCGUCUGGUCUCCCUCCAGGGCCGGGCCAAGCAGCUCCAAGCGGUGCAUGAGGGUCGCUACAGCACCCUGUCCACCGGCGAAGCCUUGGAGCCUGCGUUGCAGGAGGAGCGUCUGCACGCUGUGACCACCAUCCUGCACCGUGUCCAGCAGGAGUUCCCCCAGCACCAAGGGGCGCUACGACGCCUCUCCCUAGCCCUGGCCACGUGCCUGCAGACUCCGAUUGGUCAGGAGACCCACUGACUAUUACAUGACUGAAAACUCCCAUCAUAGGAUCACCCACGGAGUCGAUUGGAGAUAGAGAUCCAUUAUAGUUGUAGGAUUUUACUGCUCUAUGGUGUUCUAUGUUACUCUGACUGUUAGGAUUUGGGAGCUGGACUUGGGGUGGAAGCUCUCCUCCUGGCCUUGAUUGGGCAAUUUAGGUUUUCAGAAUAUUUCAGUUUAUUUCGUUUCAGUCCAUUUUCAGUUGAUAAAAUGAAGAGUUGAUUUAAUAUAUACACGGAUACAUCCUGCCAGCGUGUGAAAAUAAUAUUGUCCAUGGAUAAACUGAAGAUACACAUACAGUAUAUAAACAUUAAAGGCAACAUUUUA